AUGAUCGCCACCAAGACCCUCCUUGCCUUGGCCGCAGCCAAGGCUGCGACGGCCCACUUCGGCCUUGUCUUCCCCGAGUGGCGAGCGGACACCCUCUCUGAGGAGGGAGAGGCCGUCUACAGCCAGUGGACCAACCCUUGCGCUGGUGCUGACUACGGCGCGGGCAACAUCACUGACUGGCCCCUUGACGGCGGCGCCAUCAAGUUGGAGCUGCACCACCCGUACACCUACGUCUUCAUCAACCUCGGUCUCGGCGAGAACUCGACCAACUUCAACAUCUCCCUGACCCCGCAGUUUUGGAACGUCACCAGCCCAGGCAUCCUGUGCGUCGACAAGCUUGAGCUCCCGAUUGAGGUUGAGGAUGGCGACCUAGCUAGUCUGCAGGUCGUCACGGGUGGUCAGAGCGGAAACGCCCUGUACAACUGCGCCGACAUCCGCUUCAAGAAGGACGCCAAGGGCCCCAGCAACUGCACCUCCGAAGUCGAGUACUUCGCCGUCAAGGAUCAGACUACUUUGGAUGAGGAUGAGACGAGCAGCAACAGCUCCAACUCAACUGACUCGGCCGACUCAGCGACCGAGACUGGUGGUGACAGCGCUGCGGGCGUUCUCAACGUGAACAAGGCUGUCUUGACUUCUGUUGUGGCACUUGCUGCUGCGUUCGUCAUGGGCAUCGGUCUGUAA